GACGCGGUUAUAGAAUUUCAACCAUGGCAAAGUACGAUUCGGCUACGAAAACCUGGUCCGGUCCAGUGCAACCCAGCAUCUUCAAUCCGGAAGCGAACUUGGGUCAAGUGAUUCUGAACCUUCUGUCGAGGACUCCCGCCAAAGUGAUUCAAAUCAACGCGGACACCGGAUAUGAGAUGACCUGCGCCGAGAUGAAGCUUCGAAUCGUUCGGGUGGCUCUGAACCUUCAGCGAUUAGGCUAUCAGAGGGGUGACAUGGUUACUCUGGUUUGCACCAACACAGACAACGUGGUUCCCGUGUACGUCGGAUGUGUAGCCAUGGGUUUGGUGAUUAAUCCGCUGGCUCCGGUGUUCAAUCGGGAUGAUCUGGCUCAUAUGAUGCGAAUGACACAGUCGAAAAUCGUUCUUUGUGAUGGGAAUAACCGGGAAGUGGUUGAAGAAGCAGCGAGAGAAGCUAUUCGAAUGAAACCCAGAAUCUUCGUGAUGGGAGUCGGUAGUGGUAAUGCUUCAUCCAUUGAGGAGCUGCUUGUUCCGGUCGAAGGGGAAGAAUCCUUCGUGCCUCCGUAUCUAGGAGAUUCGAAAACUCUUAUGGUGGCGGUUCUAUGCUCUUCGGGAACUACGGGUCAACCGAAGGGUGUAUGCUUAUCGCAUGCGCAUCUAAUCGAAGGGGAAAUCUUCUCGGACACUCUGAACGCCGGUCCAAUUUUCAACUUCAGUCCCCUAUUCUGGAUGACUGGUCUGUUUGCUGCGCACACAUCCUUGCUGUACACUCGGGCACGUGUCAUCACAGCCCAACCGUUCAGUGCCGAAGCGUUCUUCUCGAUUAUUGAGAAAUACAAGGUAGAGGAUGCUUUCACCCCACCGGCUUGUAUUGCAGCCAUCCAGAGUCAUCCGCGAUACCGAACGGUGGACUUUAGCAGCUUGAAACGAUGGCCCAUCGGGGGUUCACCGGUUUCGUCGGAACUUCGUGCCGUUCUGGCGGAGCGCUUCAACGGGACCGAUACGAAACCAGUCUACGGUUGCUCGGAGGUGGGUGUAAUCACUUCUCCCAUGAUGCCGUUCGCACCGGGAUCGGUUGGAUCCUUGGCCAAAAAUGUGACCGUUACAAUCGUGAACGACGACGGACGCAAGCAAGGACUCAACGAGAAGGGUGAAGUUCGAGCUAAAUUUAAGCAUAGCUUUAUGGGAUACCUCCGCAACGAGCAAAUGACCUUGGAGGCCUGUGACGAGGAAGGCUUCUUCAAAACCGGAGACAUUGGCUAUUUCGACUCGGAUGGGUACCUGUAUGUGAUCGACCGAAUCAAGGACAUCAUCAAGUUUAUGAACUAUCAGAUAUCGCCGUCGGACUUGGAGGACGUCAUACUGCAGAUCGACGGAGUGAAGCAGGUUUGCGUUACCGGAAUUCCAACGGCGGAUGGUUCGUCCGAUUUGGCAACGGCGAUGAUCGUGCUUCAGCCGGGUUCGAGUUUGACGGAGCAGGCGGUCGUGGAGACGGUUGAUCGUCAAGUUAGCGACCAUAAACGGUUGCGAGGGGGAGUGUUCUUCGUUGAUCGGCUACCAACAUCGCCGGCGGGGAAAGUUCUCCGCAGGGUGGUUCGGGAUAUGAUUUUGGAAAGGAAGAAUUUAAAGUGAUUCCGGUUCAGUUACAAAAUGUAUAGCCGGUCAGGUGAUAAAUAAAUAUGGUCAUUCGGUGACUUGUACGGAUUCCUUAGAAAACUUAUUGAAUUCAUGAUUGAGCGGUUUGAAAUUCUAAUCUAAUCUGGAAAUUAAAUAUUUUAUUUUAAUGCUCACAAUUUUCUCCGAGCUUGAAUUCGAAUGUAAAUAAUAUUAAUCAAUUUGUUGUCACAAUACAAACAAGGUUCAAGAAAACAGAUUGUCGCGUAACGUGGGUAGAUCACCUCGAAGUGGUGCGUUACUGUGUAAGAUUUACCACCAUGCUUGGCAUGCACAGUUGUACACACCAACUGCUCAUUUGUUAGUAAUUUUUCACUCAGUUGUUGAAAUUUGUUUUUCUUUAAAAUAAAAUUUAAUAUUUAAUAUUCAUAGAUUAGGAUCAUAGUUUACUAUAAAUAGACAAAGAGUAGGUAAAUCUUAACAUUUGAAUCAACACCAAUGGAUUUUUACACUUAAAGUCCGAGAUGUGCAGCCAGGAUUUCUCACUUCAUUUUUACAACGCAAAAACAAAUAUAGUUUAUUACUAGAAUUGAAAUUGACUUUUUUAAAGUAUCUAUAACAAGCUUAAACUCUAUUCUAUCUACUGCUUCACAAAGAACUAUGUUUCGUCAACUAUGUGCAAAGUUAUUAGCAAAUGAGCAGUUCGUGACCAAAACUGUGUAUGCCAAGCAUUUCUACCAACGAUUCCUUUUGUUCUGACCUCUCUAAAAUAAGGUGCCGAGUAUCUUGGUCACUGCACAAACAUAGCAAAUUAUAUGCGUUUAGCAAUCCUUAGAACUAUUUCUUCGGAGUCUCCCUGCGAUAAUCAACCCCAUUGACGUACCCAUUGAAUCAUUUGACUCUGCUUUGAAAAUUCACUUGCUAUAGAAUUUUAAAAUAAAUUGAAAUCCGGUAUCUCA